GCACCAACACCUACAAUGAUAUAUAGUCUUGACAACCUACUUAAUUCAAAGCCUGCCACUGUUAUAGGUUCCUACCAAUCAUGGACAACUCUCAUUUUCGGACACUGCUCCAGAAUGGAAAGCAUUCCAACGACUCAGGCUCCAACUCUGCUUCCGCGGGGUUCAAGAAACCUGCACUCGGUUCGAGAUCGCGUGCUUCUAUUCCUAUGACGCCUCGUUCGGUCGCAGGUUACAACCCCUCCAGAGAAUUCUCUAAGCAAGUGGCUGAACACGAACGCGCUCGAGAUGGACAACCUCCAGCGAAGAAAUUCAAGUCUAGCGCCGCACCCAAAGGCACCAAACUGGCUUCGGGUUACCAUGAUCGCACCCUGGCUCGGCGGAGUGGCGAAGAUGGCGAGGAGACUUCAGAUGAUAGAGAAAAGCGGCUUCAGGCGCUGGAAGAGAUGUACAAAUUACAGCAGAUCGACGAAGCUACGUUUGAGAAAUUAAAAAGUGAGAUUGGCGUUGGCGGGAGUCUCAAUAGUACACACUUGGUGAAAGGCCUUGACUGGAAACUGCUGGAGCGAGUGCGCAAAGGGGAGAAUCUGGAUCAGAAUUCGGAAGAGAAGCAGGAGCCGUCGCCCCAGGCUGAUAAAGUCGACAUUGACGAAGAGUUAGAUCAGGCGCUGGAUAAAGAAGUUCAGUCCCGAGGUCCUGCGUCGCGGAAUGAACAAUCGGCGGAAGACAGUGGCACAACAGGUGAAGAUCGACCCUUGACGCGGGACGAAAUCUUGCAACGAUUGAAGCAAAGUCGCUCUGGCACGACAAAGGCUUCAGCACAGGAGCCGGUUCUAAGCGAUCGCUUCAAAAAGGUGGGAAGCGAGAAAAAGAACAACAAGAAGAAGUUUGUAGAGGUUGUCAACGGGCGAAGAAGAGAAGUUCUCGUUAUCACCAACAAAGAUGGCACAACCAAGAGGAAGACACGAUGGCUCGAUAAAGAGGAAGAGGGCGCCGGGCAGGGCAGUCAGCCACUGGGAAUGGAGGUUCCCGCCGAACUACUUGCCAAACACAAAGCUGCCCUGGAACAAGAGGCCGCGGAAGACGAUGACGACGACAUCUUUCAAGGGGUUGCAGACUAUGACCCACUGGCCGGACUUGAGGACGACUCUGACGAGGAAGGCAAAGCUGAUGGGGCAGGCCCUUCUAAGCCAGAGGCUGCUGUCACCCAUGACCAACCACGAAAUUAUUUCGGAACUGGUCAUCAACAAGAAGAAUCCGAUGACAAGAGCAAUCCAAUUCUGAAAGAUCCAACACUGCUUGCAGCUCUCAAGCGCGCUGCUGGUCUGAAAAGAAGCGAGCAGGAGGCUGGAGCAGAUCAGAGCGAUGGUGACCCUGAGUGUACUGCAAAACAACAACAACUACUUGCCCGAUUAAAAGCACAGGAUCGUGCGGAUGCUGAGGAUAUGGACCUCGGGUUCGGCGAAAGUCGCUUUGGAGAUGAAGACGAUGAUGAGGGUCCUGUAUGGGACGAUGAAGAGGGCACUAGCAAGAAGAGUGGCAGAAAAAGGGGACCGAAGAAACGCAAGGGCGACAAAGACAAUGUGGGCGAUGUAAUGGCAGCCCUUGAAGGUCGGAAAAAGGACAAGGGACAGGCUGCAUAGUCCUCAAAUAGUCCUGAGGAUGGGUACUGUGUAACCCGUAUAUCAUCACACGAGAGUGUCUUUAUCCGUACAGUCCUUUUCCAUUCAGAGGUGGUCUUGA